GCCUUCCGUCGAAUACGUUCAUGGACAGAAGAGUGCAUCGCGUAAGGAAAUCUCGAUCUUCGUUCUUCGUGGAAAGAGUGCCGUGAGCUUCGCGAUAGAUAGUUUCUCGUUUGUCACGCUCGGUCCGUUUUUGUGGUUAUCUUCGGCACUUUUGGACUUUUUCUUCAUGUUGUGGGUGUUUCGUGGUGGUUCUUCGCAAAGGAUACGCAUGAAUCGUAAAUGUGGCAACGACCACACCACACCCACCACCAGCAACCAUGCAUCGGCAGCGGCGCAGGCGCGACAGACCACGCCCACUACUGUCCAGGCGGCAGCAGCGGCGCCGGGCGCAAGCAGAUCUCGUUGAGCGCGAGACGGUGCACCGCCCCGCCAGCCCACGCCCAACCGCACGCCCAAAAUCACGCCCACUCCCAAAUUCAUGCCCACGCCUUCCCUCUGCUGAAUUUCCCGCCGCCGCCCGCCUACCCGCCCGCCCGCAAGAUGGCGGACGAUCCGUUCGCCGCGGUGGCGGGGCCUUCAAGCCAGCCGGAUCCGCCCUGGCCCAUGGACUACUCGUACGCGUACUACGAGCCGGGCCCGCCCACCAGGCACACGAACGUGCCCAGCAAGUAUCCAGGGGCGUACCGCGAGGGAUCGUACCGGACUAGGCAUACGUAUCUCACCAGGUACGGCACUGAGGAGAACAUCUACGAGGAGAUCAGUGACCUGGCGCGCGCCAGACGCCGCCACCAGGCGCGCCAGGACUCGAUCCUCUCGCUCAACCAGAGCCUCGUAGAAGAGGAGGUCCGUCGAGUCCAGAGCGGGCAUCGGAGGGUGUUGGGGGAGCUGAACCUCUCCGUGGAGGCCAUGCUGAUGCCCUCCGACUCCCGGGAGGGGAGUGACGAUACGGAUCGGGAGGGCGAGACGGACGAUCAGCUCGCUGAUCUGCUGACGGUCGGCCCUACCGACGACCUGUUGAGCCCCGUGCCGUUGGGCGCCGAUCUGGACAGCGGCUUCAGCGGCAGCUCCAGCGGCGCCAGUUACAGGAGUGCGGCGGGCAGUCUGAGGAAGGGCAAGUCGAGGAGCGAAACGCCGGCAGAGGGGGCGCAGGGGGGCGGGGGCAAGGGGUUCUGGGGCAGGAAGACGUGGAGGAAGAUCGCCGCUUUUCCGAGUAACAUCAGUCUCAACAACAAGACCAAAGGUAAGACUGACGAGCAAGGAAAAGUCUUAUACGAGGUCAAAAGUCGAAAAGUAAAAUGGUGCCACAGAAGUCCACCCGACGAGCCGCGCCUCCGUUCGGGCGCGUGGGAGGACCCCGCCCCGCCCCCGCCCUCCUGCGAGCACCGCCCCGCCCCCUCUGCCGCCCCCGGCCCCGCCUCCGCCUCGCGCCCCUCGCGUUCCCUCCAGCACGCCGCCUCGCAGCGCAGCUCGGAGGACAGCUGGUGCUCCGGCUCGGAGGAGGAGGAGGAGGAGCUGAGCUCGGAGGAGGACAGCGACAGGAGCGCCGCCUCCAGCAACAGAAGCAAUGGCCAACUGCGCAGCACGCUGAACAAAGCCCGAACGCUCUGCGACAAAUGGCGGGGCAGCGGGGGCAUAAGCGGCGGUGGGGGUGGCAGCCCCAACAACCGCUUGUCCCUCGACAACCCCCUGCCUGGGGACACCUCCCCCCAGAACCACGGCCGGCUGUCGAGGUGGUUCUCGAUACGCAGGGGCAACAACCACCAGUACGACAUCGAGAACGCCGACGUGCCUAGGUCGCCGCAGAACCCCAACAAGAUGCCGCAGCUGCCGGAGGUGGAGGAAGAGGCCGGAUUCCACUUCUCCAGCUGCAACUCCUCCCAAAGAAGGCAACAACCCCCCAGUUUACCACAACCCCCUCCUAAUCUGACCCCUCUACAGUUGAAGAGGAGGAUGAUCGUAGCCGCAAUUGUACAUAGUGAAAAUUCUUAUAUAGCUACACUCCAAAGGCUAGUAAAUGAUUAUAAGAAACCUUUGGAAGAGAGCAACCCCCCGGUCUUGAGUAGUUCCAAGAUCCAGACUUUGUUCCACCGACUUCCAGAGAUACUCCAGUGCCAUACACUUUUUCGAAUAGCUUUAGCCGAAUGCGUCAGAAAUUGGGAUCGUGACGAGAGAAUUGGCGACGUCUUUGUUGCCUCUUUCUCCAAAGCGAUCGUCCUCGACAUUUACAGCGGUUUUAUCAACAAUUUUUCCGUUGCUAUGGACUUAGCAAAGAUGGAAGCCAAACGAAAAUCCGCUCUCGCAGAUUUUUUAAAGGUGAAACAGAUCACUUCACAUGAUCGGUUAUCAUUCUUUGGUCUCAUGGUAAAACCAGUGCAGAGGUUCCCGCAAUUCAUUCUAUUCCUUCAGGACCUUCUGAAGUACACUCCUCACGGCCACCACGACCGAAUGUCCCUUCAACUAGCCCUCACCCAAUUGGAAUCCCUGGCAGAAAUGCUGAACGAAAGGAAGCGAGAGGCCGAGCAGUACCAGGCCUUCAAGGAGAUGCUGAGGAACAUCAGCGGCAAAUUUUCGGUGAGGCCUCUCUCCGACAGCAACAGAUAUCUGCUGAGGGAGGACAACGUGACGCAGUUGGAAUUCAGUCAGACGGGCCUGAUAACCAAAGCCAAGAGCCGCCGCCUCCUCCUCCUUAACGACCUCGUCGUUUGCGUGAGCGUCUCCUCAAAGUCCUCCGACGACUUCGGCUCAGGCGGUGAACGCCUCAGCCUCAAGUGGACCUACCCAGUGGCCGACGUCGAGAUCCAAGACAGCGGUACAUCGCCCACGCUGAGCAGGAUAUUGACGGCGACGAAGGGCGGCAGCGUCAAGUCGAACGGAUCCUUCGAGGGCACGCCGCCUCAGGACGCCAACAAUUUGGGCGUCGAGAUGGGCAGUCUGAUGCACGACUACGAGGUGUUGAGCCGGAUUAACGAUCUGGCGGGGCAGCUCAAGGGGCGGUACAAGGACAUCAACGUAGAAAACUCCAGAAAAAUUCUCCUCCAAAUCCAGACCUCCAUCCAACAAAAGGACGAAGAGAUGGCCUGGGUCGAUUCCUGUUGCCUCCAACUCAACGUCAAGGCCAAAGGCAAAGAAGAAACUCUCACCUUCCAAACGGACAAUCCGUCGGUGAAGAAGGAGUGGAUGACGGAGCUGCGGCUCGCCCAGUUGGCGCUGGACGCGAACAACUCGCCCGCGUGGGAGGUGCCCGAGCAGGAGCAGCGGCCCUCUACCAAGAUGCCGCUGUUCGUCAAGGCGCAACCGGUCUACAUGUCACAGCAUCAAACCGAGGUACGCUGUGGAUGUUACUACACAGUGAGUCAGCCUAAAACGUCAAGGAGGCGCCACAAGGUCCAAAACUUCCUGUGGGUAUGUACGACAGAUGGCGCCAGCAGCCACAUCUCCGUUCUCUCGCAGCAUCCCCAACAGGCCGGUGUACUCAAAGAUCUCACCUCUUUCUCGCUGGUGGAGACUCAAAUAACCGCCAUGGAAUUCGUGAAAGGUUCGCCCUCUCCUUGUCCGAACCUAGCCACGGACACCGUCUGGAUGGGCACAGAUCGACGCCGCCUCCAUCUCUACGCCGCCGACGAACCGGAGAGACAAGAAGAAAUAGCCACUGCCACCGUCUCUGACGUCGUCGUGCAAAUCAAAUACCACUGCGACAAUGUGUUUGUCGCUCUCGCCAACGGCACCCUCUGUGUCUACAGGAAGAACCCCAUGGAUAACACGUGGAUGAUCCAGGAACCGCAGAUUUUGACGCUGGGAACGGAGGCGGUUUCGUGUCUGCUCCCUAUCAACCUCUGUUUGUAUGCUGCGUGCGGCAAAAAGGUGUGGGUGUUGAAUGGGGUCACUGCAGAAGUCCAGAAGAGCUUCGUGGUCCAACACGAGCAGUUCGGCAGCGUGAACGUGAUGGCGCACAGCGGCAUCGGUCUGUGGAUAGCGCAGAAGAGCUCGAGCACUAUCUGCCUGUACCACACGGAGACAUUCAAGCACCUGCAGGACAUCAAUAUCGCAUCGAUCGUGAUGAGAAUCAAUGGAAUUGCAGACUCCCGCGACUCCAUGAACAACAACAACAACCGCUCUCCGGUCCACGUGACCGCCCUGCUCGCUUGCAAGGGUCUCCUGUGGGUGGGCACAAACGUCGGCCGGGCGUUGACCGUCCCGCUGCCCCGCCUCGAGGGCGUGCCCAUCAUCAGCGGCCGCGUCAACGUCUCCUACCACGCCCACUUCGGACCGAUCUCCUUCCUGGUCGCCCUGCAGCCGAAGACGCACGCCCAGCACGGGGCGGAGAUAGGCAAGGGGAUUGGCAAGGGGGUGGAGCCGGUCAAAGGGGCGGAGCCUAGCAAUGCGACGGGCAAUGUGGAAGGGGAGAGGUCGAAGAUGGAGAAGCAGCUGUCGGAGGACUCGUUGCAGAGCGUGAGCGCGAAGCUGAAGUGUCUGGCUAGCAGUCCGGUGGUGUUGAGGAAGAGGCGGAGCAAGGAGAACGAGAUGGCCAGGAUGUCGAAGACGUUACCGAGAGGUCUCGGCAACGGCGGCUCGAUUUUCUCCACCUCCACCACCUCCUCGCAAACCUCCAGCUCGGACACCAACAACGUAUAUGGCCUCUACAGCGAACUCAUGUACGUGAAGGACUACGAGCGCGAAGACAACAUCCUCACCGACCCCGUAUACGAGUCCCUGCGGCGAAGCGACCCCCAAUUGGCCGCGCUGCCCAACAGGGUGAGCACUCUCGACCGCCGCCUGAAGAUGAAAGUUUCAAGGCCGAGAUCGUUGGACCUUUCUAAUUGGUCGGUGGACUCGAGGUCGUCGAGUUUGUGCACAUCAUCCGGUUCGGAGGAGAGUAUGGCGCUGAGACUGAAUUUGGGCAGAAGCGUUUCUAGGAACAAUUCAAGCGUUUCGAAGGCUAACAAGGAGAAAGAGCCUGAGCAAGUCCGAACGGUUUCUAAGGCAAAGAACUCGAGUUUUGAUAAUGGGAGGAGGACUGUUAUUACGUUGAUGGGGGGUAGGGGGUAUGUGAAUACGAGGCAGCCGUGUUGUGGGGUUGAGAAGGGGGGAAAGGUGGGGAGGGAGGCGAAUUGUAACGAUGCUCAUAUCGUGAUAUGGGAACUGAAAUUGUGAUCUGGUUAGACGAAGGGGGGUGGUUUUUGUGGAGGAGUGGCGCUCCGGAGUGGUUCUGUUUUUUUUUCAAUGUGUUCUAGGAAACGCUUCGGGGCGUUUUUUCUCGGUGGAAAAUAAAUGUGUAUUUUAGAUAGCAUCUUAUAUAAAUGUCAAUAUUUUUAUGACCUCUAAUUUAUACAUGGAUUUUUAAGUCUCUAUUUUUUAAUUUAUUCUGUUGUGAAACGACCUUUUUUUUUAAUUUAUUUUCUAUAUGUCAUCACAAAAACACUGGACUACCCUUAUUAGAGUAUAUUUGUAUAUUUUAUAUUCAUGUCCCUGUUAUUUUUUUGAAUAGUUGCAUGUUUAAAAUAUAAUGAAUUUAUUAUUGUUCACUGUGUUAUAUCAGAGCAUCUAUUGAAAUAAAGUUUAAAACUCC